AUGCUCCAACUAUUUGACCCACCACAGAACCAGCAGAACUAUAUCAUUUGUCAUGUCAACAGGUAUAUUCCAGAUCUAGACCGGUAUCUUACCGAAAAUGUCAUGCUAUACCUCCACGGCCUGGAAUCACGGGAUAAUUUGCCUGAUCAGUCGCAACAGAAAAGGACAAGCAGCUAUUGCGAGGCAGUUCGGCAUGUACUACAACUUAGCCUCAUUUCAGAUCCCGACUCGAAACGUCUUCUCCGGCUGGAUGAUCCGGGUGUGGCAGAGGCAUACACGAGCGACGAAAACUUCCACAAGGUUUCGGAGGCACAUAGCGAAGUAGUAGAGGCCGUCAAGAGCCUUUAUGAUGCCGGAGGGAUGCUACAUUGGAAAGUGUACCGGUUCUUCUGCGACAUAUCUACGCUUCCCGCGUUAAGUAUUCCGUAUUAUGAAAUAUAAUACUUACCUGCCUCCUUACUUAGUCCUGAGCAAAUCUAGGUAGGAUAAGCCAUCAAGCUACUCGAUACUACGGCAAAAGUUACUAUCGACGGUUGGAGGGGUCAUCUCUUUCUAAGCGAGUGAGUCCAUUCGCGCUGGGAAUGGGAGGUAAGAUUACUUCUCGAAAGAAAGUGUAUAGACGUCAAAAGGAGAGAAUCCCGAGGCGUAAUGGCCCGGAAAGAAGCGC